CUGAUAAGCCACCUCACGCGGUUCUGAGUAAACUGCAUCACGUGUGUGCGAGGUGCGUGUAUGUUUCUAGUGUUGAGAAAGAAGCCCAACAACAACAACAACGAAUAUCUGAUCCUUUGUCAAACGCCUCCCAGAUGUCCGAAGAAGAGGUCUCAGGCUCCGGACUGGAGACUGACAACGGUGUUGCAGCGGCAGCCAAAGGGCCCCAGUACUCCCCGCAGGACGAAGACGCAGGCGAGGACGGCGCAGCGAUGGGCCGAUAUAGAGGGAUGUCCGGAUGCAGGGUCGCUGCGCUCGUUGCCGCGGUCCUGACGGCGUGUCUCGGCGUGGCGAUGCUGGCUGGGGGUUACAACGCCCUCUUCGACGCCGCGUUCAAGUCGACUUUCGUGGUAUUAUAUUCGCCAAGCCAGGAGGCUACACCCCCCGGACCCCCGUGCCUUUAA